AUAAUCAUAUAUACAUGUGUAUGUAAUACUCCCUUUGUGUGUGUAUAGGACACACAAUCAUGACAGCCAAGAAACAGUCUGAUGCGGCGUCGUUUCAGCAGCCUCUCCUCGUCGACCCCCUAUCCCCGCAGCCACAACCCACGCCGUACGUUCUACCCCAAUAUCCUCCACCUAACCGCCCCCGCCUCCUCCGCAGGGCUUGGCGGCGAUGCAUAUUCUGCCUCGCCAUCUUCCUCCUCUUCCUCGUCGCCGCCGUAUACCUCCUCUGGCCAUCCAAUCCCGAGCUCUCCGUCGUCCGCUUCCGCCUCGACCGCCUCCAGUUCCACACCACCCCCACAAUCUCGCUCGACGCGACCCUAGACCUCACGAUUAAGAUUGAGAAUCCGGAUAUGUACUCGCUGGAUUACGAUUCGCUGCUCGUUGCGAUCGGGUACAGGGGGAAGCAGCUCGGAUACGUGACGUCGGACCGCGGAUCCGUGAUGGCGCGUGAGUCCUCGUACGUCAACGCCACGCUCCAGCUCGAUGGUGUGGAGAUUUUGACGGACGUGAUUUUGUUGAUUGAGGAUUUGGCGAAGGGCGCGGUUGUGUUUGAUACGACGUCGGUGAUCAGCGGCCGGCUUGGAUUUUUCUUCUUUGACCUGCCUCUCGAGACAAAAAUACAAUGUGAAGUUCUUGUAGAUACACAGAACCAAACAGUCACUCGUCAAAGUUGCUACCCUGAGGUUGAGUGGCUUGAGCCCGACAAUGUCUAGAUAGCCGUAUAGGCACUCGGAGCUCCUAAACCUAAGCAAUAAAAUCCUUGGGCAAUAUUUUGGAGUCAUCGCCGCAACAUGUGGCCCAAAACAACACCAUUUUUGCUACGAGAGUUCAAAAAAAAAAGCUGAGCUAUAAUUAAGAUCCAAGAACAUGUUCCUUUGUUGGUCUUCAACCAUUUAAGAAGAUAGGUAACAGUUAUUAUUAGUGGGGAAACAGACAUGAUAAGAGGAAUUGUGACCAGACAGAAAUUGUAAAUGAUGUGUCGAGUGAUUAGCCAAUGUUAUUACCAGUUUCUAAUUCUCAGUAAUGUUGAACAGGUCUCCGAAGCGAGAUAGGGUUGUACAAUAUUCAGAAUAUGGGGACAGAUAGAAUCCACAGGUUUCCUCUUUGUGCAGUUAUAUACAGUGAUGAAAAUAUUUGUAUACACUCUUUAUUCAUGUAUCAUUCAUAUUCCAUUUUGUAUAAGAAAAUGAGCUCACUGCUGAUUGGCGUGGAGUGAAAAAUAUCAUUUCUUUGCUUUAAA